AUGGGAACCAAGACCUACGUCCCCCUCUCCUGCAGGAGCGGCCUGCGCCGGUUCCGGAGCGUGCAGCUGGCCCUCAUCCUGUCCUGCUCCGUCUUCCUCUUCCUCCUCAUGCCGCUCUGCCGGCUUGGCGGCCGGCCCAGUGGGCACAUCUCCGUCGCCGUUCCUGCACCCGCCCGGGCCCGUGGAGGCGUCCGCCACGGCCCGGCCCAUCUGUACAACAACACGUUGUACCGUCCAGAGACCCAGGGCGCCGUCCACCCGCAGUUUGACUUUGGCUCGCCCUGCAGCGGCUUCCCCAACACCGACGACAUCCUGCUCGUCAUGAAGACGGGCGCCAGCGAGGCCUACGACAAGCUGCCCACGCACCUGCUCACUAGUCUACAAUGCCUGCCCGACUUUUUGCUCUUCUCGGACCUCGAACAACAAAUGGGUAAGUACCACUUACACAACGUCCUCGACCGCGUCCUCGACACGGUCAAGAGCGCCAACAAGGAGUUUGAGCUGUACGAGACGCAGCUCAGCUGCCCCGUGUCGCAAAAGGAUUGCACCAAGGGCCUCCAGGGCGCCUGGGACCUGGACAAGUACAAGUUCCUCAACAUGCUGGUGCGGACGUGGGCGAUGCGGCCGGGCCGCAAGUGGUACGUCUUCGCCGAGGCCGACUCGUACGUCUUCUGGCCCAACCUGGUGCUCUGGCUGCGCACGCGGACCGACCCGGACAGCGACCUAUACGUCGGCAACGUGGCCCUGGCCGACGACUUCCCCUUUGCCCACGGCGGCAGCGGCUACGUCAUCUCGGGCCAGCUGGUGCAAAAGGUCAUUGAGUCCAUCCCCGGCCUGGCGGCAAAGUACGACGCCGCCGCGCCGACCAUGUGCUGCGGCGACGUGCUCAUGGGCAAGGCCCUGGCCGAGGUCAACGUCACGGUCAAGCACGCGUUUCCCAUGUUCAACGGCGAGCGCACAAACACGCUGGCUUUUGGCGAGGGCCAGUGGUGCGAGCCCAUCCUGACCUUGCACCACAUGGACGCCGAGCAGGUCGGCCAGGCCUGGCAGUUUGAGCAGACGAGGACCAAGAAUACGCCCAUCCAAAUCAAAGAGCUAUACCACCAGUUCUUCGCCCCCAACCUCGCCCCAACCCGCGACGCAUGGGACAACCUCUCGGAAGACGUAUGCUACAUCGCCCCCGACAAGCAGAGCCAGGACGAAGCCGACGUCGAGCUCAAGGCCGUCCAAAAGCGGCAGGCGGCCAAGACGCCCAUCGAGCGCGACGCCCACACCUCGCCCGCCGCCUGCGCCGCCGUCUGCGAGGCCGCGGGGCUCGACGUGCCCGAGCGCGACUGGGCGGCACAGACGACCGACGAGGGCCGCGCCAAGCUGCUGGCCAAGCUGUACGGCCUCGAGUCCAAGGCCGCCGCCGACGAUGCCGCCGCCUUCCACGGCAAGCGCAGCUGCUUCCAGUGGCGCCACCACCGCGGCGUCUGCUGUACCGCCGAGAGCUUCAAGCUCGGCCGCCCGCGGAGGAGGGAGAAGAGCGGCGGCAGCCCGUGGACGAGUGGCUGGUUCGUCCGCGGCAUCAAUGAUUGGAUCAAGGCCAAGGGCGACUGUGCCGUCAGGUGGCAUGACCCCGAGUAA